AAAAAUAAAAAAUAAAAAGUAUAAAAGCUUCAAAAAUUCUCUUAAAGGAAUUUGAAAGAUGAGACGAUCAUGGCCGACACGCCUCAUCUUAUUGAUGGUUCUCACCGUCGUAAUCACCAUGAUUGCCGUAGCCUAUGGUUAUUCCUCUGUCUCAUCACAAAAUCAUAAGUUUCCUCAUUACAAAUACAAAGCCCCACUUCCUCCGACUACUUAUUCUCCUUACCGUUAUUUCUCGCCGCCUCCACCUCCUCCGGUUACUGAUUCAUAUUAAUUAUGCAGCUUUUGCUCGAUCAACGCAGUGUCGCACGUCAAUUCUUGGUUUUUGUUUCCUAUGCUCACUAUUCUUUUUUUAUUAUUAUGUUUUUUCUUUUCUUUUUGAGUUUGAUGUAACAAAAUUAUUUAAUGGCCAGUUUUCCAAGUUAACGCGAGAAAGGUAUGCACGAAAUCGAUUGUUAACAUUAUGUGAGAU